GAAUGGCUUAAUAAUUCGCACGUAUCAGAAGAGGUCCUUCUUGAACAGGACCAGGACAAUGUUCGCACAGAGACGUUUCCUAAAAGUACAUCAUUUUUUCCCUUAUAUUCACCGGAAUUUUCUGGCGAGCGUCAGCAAUUGGAAGUAAAGGUAAUGGAUGGGACGCACAUCCGUACAAAUCUGAAGUCAAAGCUGAUCAAAAAUGGACUUGGUGAUGUAAAAAUUGAUCCUUGGAAACAGGUAGCUCAGAGUGGAAAAACUUAUCUUCGCCCAGCAAUGUUAGAGGUAAGAGACGACGGAAAAAUAUUACAUCAACAAAGUGACCCUUUCGUUAGAACAAUGUUUGCGGAAGAUGUGCAAGAGGAACUGCUUAGGGGUGGUCACGACAUUGAAGCGCACUUUUGUAAAAUUUUGCGUCAGUGGCACGAGGCUGAAGAUCAGCCAGGUAUUCCAGCUUUUGAAAGGUGUGUAAGAUCACUCAAACUAAAAGCAUGGUUGAUGAACAGGUAUGACUUCGCCGCAUUUCCUCCACCUUCUCAGUACGUGAAAGGGAUCCCCAGAGUAACGUUCGAAGGGCUUGUUUGUAGCAUAGAUGCCCAUAUACUACUAUACAGACUGGUAAAAGGAAGUGCCUACAACUGGCGGUCAGUUUCUACACUAGUGGCAGAGAACUUUAUGGGUGAACUUGCCGAAAGGGCAUCAAAUAGUAACGGCGUUCCUUCCGGUGCUAUGCUUGCAUCAGAUAUGGGCAAGAUCUCUCAGCUGCAUGCUAUGCGAUUAAAGCCUGGUCGUUCGUUUCGGAUGAAGACAGCCAAAGCACGCCGCUACGAGACGCCUGAUGACGUCACGGAGGAGAUGCGUCCGACUGAAACUGACAGUAGCCACACUGCAUUGGACUCGUCGAGGAUAACACGAAUUGUUGUUCGAAACCAUGAGUUUGACAUAAGGGCUCCGCACAGAGGAAAGAAGGGAACAAUAAGCAACCUCGGUGGAAUUCCGAAAGGGGUUCAGUCGAUACGGGAACACUUCAAAGUUAAUGAAUCAAAAAUACUACCUUCUUUAAGACUUGGAAUUUCAUCUAAUGAUUUAAACGAACUCUAAAUAAAACAAAUAAUGCUCUUUUCAUAAUAGCAGGAUUAAAGUGACUUUGACAUUAAAAGAGGAUUCAUAUUGACAAUGUUGUUUUAAUCAUACAUAAAUUAUUUUGU